GCUACAUUUAUCUUGGAGGAUUUCAACUCCUGUUCAAUGCGGGAGACCCAGUUCAAGUUGAUGGCAAGACCAAGACCUACGGCACCGAGAUUCCUGAAGGUCAUGUUCCUCUGGAAAUAGGGCCGAUCAUCGAUACAGUCUCGCGAGAGCCGGGACCUUUAUCGCGAACAUACAGCGAAUCAUCAUCAUUCCGAGGAGAGAUCGCUGGAAAUGCGGAUCUUGCGAAAGGGAAGGCUUCGUUUUCGUGCGAAGCUUCAACGUCGGAAGGAGCGCUUCUGCUGACGAAACACAAGACCAAGCGCUAUGACGCGCAACGCCGCAGGCAAUUCGAGACGUAUAUUCUCAAGCACUACCGGUCGUGGUUCAAAUUCGCCCAGCAGAAUGGACACCCGGUCGAGAGCAUCGACCAGCUGCUCCUGGUAACCGGCUGCGACAUGACGGCAGACUUCUCAAUGAUCGCCUUCGCUCAGAACAACAGGAAUCUUAGCAUCGAGUUCGAGAUAUCCGCGUCUCAUGGCGCCUCUGCGUCGGCUUCGUGGGGUAACUGGAAGUGCCACUCUCCUCAUGUGCAUAAGCACUGCGGUCCCCAGCGUGCCGAGGAGUACUCAUCCGAUGCUGGGGAAGUACCUGCCUUCGACCAAUGCAUCUUCGUGAGAGGCUUACGCGUGUUUAAACGGUCGCUGCCUAUGGCCCCCGUCAAACUCCAGGCUGCCGCUGAGCCUGAGGAUCCCAGUGCUUCCAGAGACUCGGAUCAAGAGAACGAAGGCGUAACGGCAUGGAUGACAUUGGAGAAUGAUGAGGAAGAGGACGCGACAGUUCAAUCGACGAUCGCCCUUCCAUUCAAGGAUCCGCUGGAAUCGCUUGCUCAACAUGUGUUUGAGAACUCCACCGCUGAGCUAGCCGUCUUGCACGACUGUGACUGGGACUCUCCGUUCCAUGUAACCUCUUAUGGGAGUAUUAAAGUUGCCUCAUUUACGCAUAGUCCCAAUGCGGACGGCUAUAAUAUUGCUUCUGAAAACUCAGAUGUUCGAUGUGAGGAUGCAUCGGCCGAAGAUGAGACUAUGAUGCAUCAAGUAGAAAACGACGGCACAUCGUAUCAGGCAGAAUUGUCCAUAUCUACCGCUAAUCUCAUGGCGAACGUCGAUGACCCGGAAGAUGGCCCAGACAACGACACGAGAACACCAAUAGCAACAAUCAAUACACGCAUUCAUGAACCAUCCCUCGAGAUGAAGCGGCAGCGCAGAUCGAUCAGCCCAGCAGAUCGACGCUCCGUGCACUACGUUGGCGCGGGGCAACAAGAUCUAGAGACCUCCAUAAGCUUCCAGUGUAGACGAUACCAUGACCGGUUCAUGAGUCAAGGAAUGGCAGCACUGCAUGACGAGAUGGAGCACACGGGAGAACCUAUACAUUGCCAAAAUAUCGAAGCAUCGAGUAAAUGGCCCGACGAACCCGUGAGGAGUCUUGGGGUGUGGAAUAUCUAUCAGCAAACCUCAGCCCUUAUCGCCAACGAUAUCUAUGAUUUAUUAAAGACGAAAGAGGACAUGAACGCUUUCCGUUCUGCCUACGAGUCGCUUCUAGAGCUAGAGCAUCUGUGUCAAUCGACUUCAAGUUGUGCCGCUUUGCUGGCCAAAGCGAUACCACACCGUUCAAGACUGGUUGAACUUUCAUCUAAGCUACCAUGUCGUCAGGGGCCCCUCUGGAUGGCCCUCGAGAGCGACGAUCGCUCCGUCCUUAGGAUGCUCCAACAGGCCGUGUACGCCGAGGAAGAAGAGAUCAUGGGAUUGCGUGAGGACAGUGCAACUUCCUUCCUGACCCUCGUUAAUUCGAUUUUGUAUCCCAGUGGUCCUGGCCAGGAUCUCGGGUUCUCGGAUCUCGGGUUCUCUCAGCUGCUAACCCCUGCAUUGGAUCCAGGCGUGCAAGCUUUCAAAGAUCAGCUUCAGCGAGCAAGCGUUAGGCUAUCCAUGGCUUCCUUCCGGCUCCCGGAGGGCUUGUAUCUCACUGGCGUCACCCUAAUGGACUCAGAACACGUUGCUACCGGGGCAUACGCUAACAUCCGUAUGGGCCGAUAUCGCGAGCGCCGCGUAGCGCUGAAAACAAUGCGGGUUUUCAGUCGGCAGACACCUGAUGAGCUGUCCAAGAGUCGUAAGACAUUUUGUCGCGAGAUCUCGCUGUUGCAUAGCCUUGACCAUCAAAACAUAUGCGGGCUGAUAGGCGUCGAUCGCGAAGUAUACGGAGGGCUCCCUAGGCUGGUAACGGAGUGGAUGCCACACGGAAAUAUUAUGGAAUUCAUCGAAGCCAACUCUUUUGUUCUCGGCGAAGUCAAGCAAUUCGUGAUAGAUAUCGCCCGGGCGUUAGAAUACCUACAUGACAAGAAUGUGGUCCAUGGAGACCUGCAUGUGAGAAACAUCCUUAUCGACGCCGACCGCCACGUCCGCCUUGCAGACUUCGGACUGUCAGAUUUCUCCGAUGCGUCUUCUGCCAGUAUCAAUUCUGCGUCUGCGGUUCGAUUUAUGGCGCCAGAGAUCUUGCAUCCAGAGAAGUACGGCUUGCAGCACAUGCGACACACUCCCGAAAGUGACAUUUACUCGUUUGCGAUGUGCACGUGGACGAUUUUCGACGGCAACGUCCCAUUCCAUGAUUACUCAGCCGUCAGAGCAACAUUAGCCAUCAUCGAGGGCAAGCGCCCCUCCCAGUACACAACUACGCACCCCCUCCCAGAACCUUUGUGGUCUUUAAUGAACCUCUGCUGGCAUGAGCAGCCGAGAGACAGGCCCAAAUUCCCGGACCUCUACCGUCGCCUUCGGCGCAUGAUUCAUCCUUCCUCGUUGAGGCCCCGCUCAAGGACAAAAGGCUUCCGCAGUAGGAGAUUGAGUCCAGCAUCUCGUUUGCGCGCAGAUGAGUCUCGUGGCCAAUCAGUCGGUGGCAACGAGAGCGACGAUGACGGACUUAACCCGCGUCAAACACUGCAGCGGAGCCGCGGUGUGCAGUCCACCAGAUGCACGCCUGUCGCGAAGUCCAAUUUGCUGAACAUCCCGCUACCGAGUCUAGUUGAGCAUUCGCGCACUAGUCUGGCGGUCAUGCAAAGCUUGGUGCCGCCAACCGUCCGCAAUCUGGCGAGCGUCCACCCUGAUGCGGAGCGCCUUGUCCCCCAGAUUAUAUAUCGACCCCCGCAGGCUCAGCAGCUGGCCAGCGCGGACGCGUCACCUAUCAUGUUUAAUGUCUUUGGUCCACGCGGUUGUGGAAUCAACUGUCUCGACGCGCUCAAUGAACGAUUCGCGGAGUUGCAAGACUUGAACGACAUCAUUGAGUGCCAGAGAAACAUGAUCUUGAGGAUUAUGUGGCCUGAUUACGAGCCUUGGUCGGUCCCCAUCCUUCUUCACUCUACCACCACUCGGGCAGAGCUAGCUAUGCGUGUCAGCUCCUGCACGCAGACUUUCUUAGACGAAUCACUGGCGAAAUGUCUGAGAACUGACACUCGUUGGAGACUGGGGCCCGGCGCCAUCAUGCUGUCCGACCUCGAACUGAUCGGUCUGCAGCCUGUGGCUGCGCGAGACUGGCAGAUCCACUUCCGAGUGCGUUAGGAGGCGCCUCUUGCAACCUCUUGCAACCUAGGCUGCAUGAAAUUUCGUUGAAGCUAUCUAACUUUGGUACCCUUAUUGUCACGUCGCGGUAAUUG